GUCAGCUCUUGCGAUUCACUUAGCGCGCAGAGCGGCGGAGGCGCGCAGUGAGACCUGGGCUCCCGCGCUCCGACGCCUCCCGCGGCCCGAGGUCUUUCUCGCUCCGACGGCUCCGGCGGCCCGAGGUCCCGCCCCCACCAUGCGGCUGACAAGCGCUGGAAUGUUCCUGCUCCUGUUCAGCGCCCUGCAAGCCACAGAUGUUCAAGAGAAAGAAGUCAGGGCGCUGGUGGGCAGCGACGUGGAGCUCAGCUGCAUUUUCCCCGAAAGACACAGUUUUGAUUUAAAUGACCUUUAUGUGUACUGGCAAACCAGUGUCGUCGGCACACCGAAGACCGUGGUCACCUACUACCUCUCCGGGAACAGCUCCGCGGGCCACGAGGACAACCGCUACAGGGACAGGGCCCGGCUGUCGCUGGAGAGCAUGAAGCGGGGUGACUUCUCUCUCCAUCUGCACAACAUCACCCCCCAGGACGAACAGAGGUUCAACUGCCUGGUGUUUAGGAAAUCCCUGGAGUUAGAAAAGAUUCUGGAUGUUGUGGUGACGUUACACGUGGCAGCCAACUACAGCAUGCCCGUGGUCAGGGCCCCAAGCGGCCCCUCCGAGAACGAGGAGCUGACGUUCACGUGCACGUCCGUGAAUGGCUACCCGAGGCCUAACGUGUACUGGAUCAACAGGACGGACAACAGCCUGCUGAACGAGACCUUGCAGAACAACACGGUCUCCUUGAAUGCGCAGGGCUUGUACGACGUGGUCAGUGUCCUGACGAUCCGGCAGACCCCCAGCGUGAACGUCGGCUGCUGCAUAGAGAACGUGCUCUUGCACCAAAACCUGACGACGAUCAGCACUCAGGCAGGUAAGGUCCCCCGGGGUCUGUUCCCUGACACCGACCCAAGACUGUGGGCCUGCGGUGACUCAGGAGGUCCUCUGAGCCAGAAGACCGAGCCCCUGCAAGGUGCCUGGGCAGUGGCUUCCGGAAGCUGGAAGGAAGGGGGAGGAGGUGACAGGCAGCACUCGACGACGAAAUUCACCACGGCUGCCGAGGGCAGGAAUGGGGCCGGGCGCUCAGUGCUUAAGUGGUUUCACUUAAUCUUCGCUCUCAAGCUCAGGUUUGGUGACUCACUUCACAGACGAGGGGCUGAGGCCUGGAAGGUUGUGUAGGACCGGGCAGCGGCGGCAUCAGGGUUGAAGGCAUGGCUGAGCCUCUGCCGCUUAGAGGGCCAGAGCGCCCAUGCUGGGGUUCCAGCCGCCGACAGCUGGCCUGGCUGCGGGCUCGGGGCUUCCCCGUGGGAGGGGUGCAGGCAGGCGACUCCACAGAGGCCACGGGCUCUCUCAUUCUGCGUCCCUGUCACUAGUGUUGAGAUGACAGGUCCCCUGGGUGGAGGCGGAAGAGCUCCAGGAUGGAUGGACUCUGUGGGCCUGCCCGUGCCCUACAGGGCCCCGCACAGGUUGGAGAGAAAGCACAGCUCCUGGUUCGGGCCUUAUGAGAGUCCCAGGGGGCCGUGGCAGCAGUCACGCCGAGCACAAGCCCCUGAGUGUGGGCCCGUGAGCCCGCGUGGGUCACAUGCUGUGAGACUGGCCCUGACCCUCAGGAAUCCUUGCGGGCCCGACAUCCUCCUCCCUGAAGUCAAGGCACGGCCUCGUGACCCAGUGGUCCUGGCCUCUCUGCCCAAAUGAACCAAGACGAGGGCUGUACCAAAAAGCCUGCCUCUGAUGGCCGCCUCCCAGCAGUGGUCUCCCCGGCAAGGCGGCCCCGGCAGCAGGUGAAAGGGGAACCAGAAGGUUCUCUUAGGGCUGUGGUCUCGGCUCCUGUGCUGUGGGAUGGCUGGGAAGCCCGUAAAAGUCCCCAAGCCCCGACCCAUUGGAUUUGCUCCCCUGGGCUAGCCGGGCACCAGGACACGUUUAAAGGCUUCCAGAUGAUUCCAAGGUGCAUUCAAGGCCUAGCCACUGAGUGGUUUCUCCCAUUUUGGAGACGUACGGGGCAUUUAUCACAAGCUUCCCUUCCUCGUGUGCCCGGGAGAGCCACUUUCCAAGGGGCUAAGCAAUCACGUUAAGAGAGGAGGGAUGAACCCUUCAUGCACUGUGGGGGGUGGGGGGGUGGGGACGCAAAAUGGUGCAGCCACUUUGGAAAACAGCCUGGCGGUGCCUCUGAAGGUCGUCGUAGCGUCUCCAUGUGACCCAGCAAUUCCGCUCCUGGGUUGUACACCCGGCAGAAUUGCAGAUGGACUCACAUGUACGUGAAUGUUCACAGCAGCAUUACUCACAACGAGCAGCGAACGGAUUAACACUUCCGUCCAGGCGCUGAUACUCACUGCCACGCGGAUGGAGCUGGAGAACGCCGUGGCCAGUGAGGAGCCAGAAAGCACACACGCCGUGUGACCACGUUUCUAUGAAACGUCCAGAAUAGGUCAAUCCUUAGAGACAGAAAGUCCAUGAGUGGGGGCGGGGGCAGGGGAAGGGCAGUGGCUGCCGAUGGAGACGGCGUCUCCGGGAGCGACGCAGAAGCUCUGCACCCAGACGGUGGCGAUGGCCGUGCCCCACUGGAAACGUACAAAAUGCUGCUGCUCUGUUCACUGCCUUAUGUGACUUUUGCCUUUCUUUUUUUAAAUCUGUCUAUAAAACUAAAUAAUAAUAAUAAAAAUAAAAAUAAAAUGAUACAUUAAAUCACAGUAAACAUUUUUUUGAAAGCCAGGAGGACUCUGUGCUUCCCACCAUGCCCUGCCCAGGUGGCGGCAGCUAGAAAGGGCUGGGGUUCCAGGUCGCGAAAAGGUGGAGUUCCACCCCCACCCCCCCC